AUGAAGAAUUGUUAUAUAAGAGCAAAGCAAAAUCCAAAAAUAGAGAGAUAAAUCAACCAUCAGCAUGCGCCUCCAGACUCUUUUUAAGGAUCAUUUAGUGAUUCGAGUAUUUGUAACGUUGAUGACACCUGUAGAGAACAAUAAGCAAUUGAAACUAAGUAAGUGACUUUGUAGAAUUUCUAAGCAAAUAAUGUUGAAAUUGUUUUACCUAAAAAGAAAGAGAAGAUAUUUAGUUCAAAAUUGAAAACAUGCUUUGUCGAUUAAUAAUAUGUAGACAACUUUGCAGUAAGUAAAAUGACACCUGGAAUUUCGGAACAUAAAAUAAAAAACCCAUUUCAAAGUACUUAAUAACCAGUCAGAAAGUUGAGUGAUAUACAAAGUGUCACUGACAAAGAAUCAUAAUCCAGAUAAAGUAGUUAAAGGGAUUUAAAUUCUUAAAAAGAAUCGAAACAAAAUAUAAAUGUCAUCAAAUAAAUAUCUGUUGCUAAUAAAAUUGAUAGAUCUAAAGUCGCUGCAAGCUAUAGUUAAUUGGCCUCAAAAUUAUACUGUGCUGACUAAUCUCCUUAAAUCAUACACAACCCAUAAAAACUAUAAGAGAAAGCUUCGAUAGUUCAUCAAUCUUUAAACAAACUUCACACUGUCCAAAAUCAUCUACUAUCCUCUCCUAUUGAUUAUAAUGCAUCACCCAAGUCUUCUAAUUAAAAAUAUAUAUUGUCUGAAUAAAGUGAGUGCUUCUAAGAUUUACUAAAGGAUAAAAAGCAGCCGUAGCAAACAACUUAGUUAACUUAAACCUAAUAGGACUAAUCUCAUAGAUAAAUUGAAAAAAUUUUAUCAGAAAAUGAGAUUCUAUUUAAGCAACUGAAUAAUGGCAAAAUAAUAAAUAUUUACUGA